GGUAUUUUAGAAAACAUAUAUGCAAAUCUGUGCGUAUUCGUCUUCUACUUCUCUGUUGGGAUCAGAUCUCUUCAUUUUGAUGUUCAAUGGCGUCCAGCGUAACAUCUCCUAUUUCUUUCUCAGGUGAGACUCAUGUGAAAGCACGCCGUUUGAAUUCCACAAGCCUUAAUCCGAUUCGCAAGAGCUCUGCACUGAGUAUCCAAACAAAACCAAACCGCAGUCACAGGCUCUCGGUUUCUGCAGGUCACCGUGAUGGAAGUGCAACUAGUGAUUUUGUUACGGGUUUUCUCCUUGGAAGUGCUGUUUUUGGAACUCUUGCUUAUCUCUUUGCUCCACAGAUCCGAAGAUCGUUGCUGAACGAAAAUGAGUAUGGUUUCAAGAAACCGGAGCAGCCAAGGUACUACGACCAAGGCCUAGAGGAGCGAAGAGAGUCACUGAAUGAGAAAAUCAGCCAACUUAAUUCAGCCAUUGACAACGUUUCGUCGCGUCUGAGAGGCGGUGGAAGCGGUAGCGGCAAGAACACUUCUUCGCCUUCUGUCCCCGUUGAAACUGACCCAGAAGCAGAAGCUACUGCAUGAUUAUCUACCAUCUUAACAUUUGUACUCAGUUUCAACGGGAUUUUAGAAGUUUAUACCCAUUUUAACAACUCUAUUCCCCGGAUAAUCGUUACCAAAUGUACUAGCGUAGUGGUAAACUUAUUAGAUUAUCAUAUUUUUCAGAUGAAUCUGAGGAAAUUAAACCGUAACCAUUUAACUAGAAAAUAAAACCAGAGGAUGUAGACCAUAUAUCUCACAUUGAACGUAAACCGAUCUCACAUUGAAUGUAAACCGGAAUCGUCAAACUUGUUUAGCCGGUUGCCUCUUGUUGCUAUCUUCAAAGUUACCCCCAAAACUAAAAGUCAAAAAACUCUCUUCUUCUUAGCGAAAAUAAACUGAAAACCAAACAAAAAAAAAAAAAAUCAAAGCGAAACCACAGAUUCGAUUGAUAUUUUUCUGUUGAAAUUCCAACUUUUUUCCUGAGAAAAAAAAAGAUUUCAGUAUUUCGUCUGCCAUUAGUUUGAUUUUUCUGAGGAAAAUGUUAAAAAGAAAAAUCUGCAGUCCUUUUUAGUGUUUUUAUUCUUCGAUUAGUAUGUAUGAAGAGAUUCUUCCUCUGUUCGUCUCUGCAUCAGAUGGAAGAUAGCAAUUCUCCCAAGGAUUACUAUAAGAUUCUAGAAGUUGAUUAUGAUGCUACUGAGGAGAUGAUCAAACUGAACUAUCGGAAGCUUGCAUUGUGGCAUCCUGAUAAGCACAAUGGUGAAACUGUGGCUACUUCAAAAUUUCAGGAGAUAAAUGAAGCUUACAGUGUGCUAAUGGACCCUGGUUUACGUUUUGAGUAUGAUUUGACCGGUAUAUACGAGAUUCACAAGUACACUCUGCGGGAAUAUCUGGCUAGAUUCAAAGGAAUGAUACUCACUUGCAAUGGACUGGGCAUCAGUCACUCCUCAUCACCAUGGACACAGCAAUUGGCGGAAAGCAUUAAUAACACGGCAGAUGAACCAGGAUACUGUAUAAACUGAAGCAGAAACAGAGGUAUGCGACAUUUGAUCUGAAACUCAAUAGGCAUUAUUAUUUGGCCUCUCCGGAUUGUUACCAGAAGCUGGAAAUACAGCGUUAUUAUGCCUAAUGUUUCGCCCCCAUUCGACGAUAUAACAGCUUUUGUAGGAUGUUGUAUGUUUUUGAAAGUUGAGGUUACAAUAAGAAGCAACAUUGCGUCUGUUCAAUGCUUAAAUUUCACAGAUUGUGAGAGCCUUUACUGUGUUGUAAUGUCAUACUAUUGUCAUUCAUAAGUCACACUUAGAGUACACAUAAAAGUGAAACAAUAGGUAAUAGCUCCUACAUUUGGAUAUCUGUUGUACGUUCAAUCUAUUUAUGUUGUUUAAUGACUUUUUACGCAUAUCAGGAAAAAAGUAGUAAACUGUUCAUUAG